CUUUUCCUUCGAUGUAAAACUGUCGCUUAACCAGUCGGGGUAAUAUUUGCAGAGAAGAAGCAGAAGAAGAAGAAGCAGAAGAAGAAGACACUGGACGACUCUCACAUGCAAGUGAAUCUGAAUCUGAAUCUUUUUUUUUUUGCAAUAUGAAGAAUGGAAGAAGACGAUGUGACCAUCAGAGAGCAGAAUUUCCAUAGCCAAGUUCGGGAGUACAUCAUUUGCUUCCUCCUGUUUGCAGUCCUCUACAUUGUGUCUUACUGCAUCAUAACCAGAUACAAGAGGAAGAGUGAUGACCAUGAGGAUGAAGAUGCUGUCGUCAAUAGAAUAUCAUUAUACUUGUGCACCUUCACCCUGGCAGUGUCGGGUGGUGCCGUCUUCUUACUGCCUUUCUCAAUCAUUAGUAACGAGAUCCUCCUCUCCUUCCCCAAAAACUAUUACAUUCAGUGGCUCAAUGGCUCGCUCAUUCACGGUCUGUGGAACCUGGUGUCACUGUUCUCCAACCUUUGCCUCUUUGUCCUGAUGCCCUUUGCCUAUUUCUUCCUGGAGUCUGAGGGAUUCGCCGGAUCUAAAAAGGGCAUUAGGGCGCGUAUUCUAGAGACCUUUGUGAUGCUCUUCCUGCUGGCAUUGCUCAUCCUGGGCAUUGUGUGGGUGGCAUCAGCGCUCAUUGACAAUGAUGCAGCCAGUAUGGAGUCUCUCUACGAUCUUUGGGAAUUUUACCUACCAUACCUCUACUCCUGUAUAUCUCUGAUGGGAGGACUGCUUUUACUCAUGUGCACUCCUGUGGGAUUGUCCAGGAUGUUCACCAUCAUGGGCCAGUUACUAGUGAAGCCAACAAUCCUGGAGGACCUGGAUGAGCAGAUUUACUGCAUCCAUUUGCAGGAGGAAGCCCUUCAGAGGAGAUUAAACGGAUCGUCCUCACACAGUUAUACUCAAGGAAGCUUUACUCAGCAGCUCAACAAAGAAAUGGACAAUAUUAGAAAUCUGAGGAAUAAAUUAGAGAGAAGAAAGAAGGCAUCAGGUUGGGAGAAGAACUUGUUGUAUCCCAUAGUGAUGCUGAUCCUGCUCGCAGGAACGACAAUCUCAGUUCUUAUGGUGGCAUUUAAUAUCCUCUACCUUCUAGUGGAUGAGACUGCCAUGCCCAAAGGAUCGACGGACCGAGGCAUUGGGAACACCUCCCUGUCCACAUUUGGCGUGGCUCAGGCGGUGCUGGAGAUCAUCCUCAUGUUCUACUUGAUGGUGUCCUCUGUGGUUGGCUUCUACAGCCUGCGAGUCUUUGAGGGACUCACUCCCAGGAACGACGACACAACCAUGACAACGAUCAUUGGUUGCUGUGUCUCCAUUUUGGUCCUGAGUUCAGCCCUGCCAGUGAUGUCCAGAACUCUAGGUAUCACCAGGUUUGAUCUCUUGGGAGACUUCGGGAGAUUUAAUUGGCUGGGAAACUUUUACAUUGUUCUUUCUUACAACCUGCUGUUUGCGGUCGUGACAACACUCUGUCUUGUGAGAAAAUUCACCUCAGCAGUACGGGAAGAGCUUCUAAAGGCCUUAGGUCUAGAUAAAUUGCAACUGUCAAACAGCCCCACGGACCCUGAAUCUGGAAAGCUCUCGGCCAACGGGCAUCAGAAAACUCUGUGAAAGGGACGAUAGAUCAACACACACACAAACACAAACACACACACACACACACACACACCUUAGCACAGCCAAAGGGAGAUUUCGACAGUACUGCCUGACUACUGAAAGGUGAAAGGGAUUGGAACGGACUUAAUAAACCCAGGCAGCGUCUGACGGAUGCUGCAAUUGGAGGCUGAGAGCAAUUUAGCUUCGUGACAUUCCAUCCUCUGCGUCUCGGAUGGAAGCUGGGACGGAGCCAGGGAUGAGACCGAGGAGGGAAAUAGACUGGCAUCACUGCAGUGACCUUGAUGUUGACCUCAACCGCGACUGUGACUUUAAACCAACCAUCUCUUGCUUCAGGGCGUCCCCCCCCCAGCAAUCGCUACCUGUUUUCUGUUUUUCUUCUACAUCCUCCUCGCCACUGCACUAGACAAAAGCAAGGCGGUAAAGCAGGUCAAACAAUGUCCUUUUCUCAAAGUCUUACAUCCAACUAAAAGGCAAAAAGGUUAUUUUCUAUCGCCGUGCUCCUCCUCCUCUGUACUCAGUAUAGUAAAUAGACCCCCACAAUCCAAUUAGAGUCCUUUUUUAAUGUCAGUAUGUACAUGAUAAUUGGUGUGUGUGUGUGUGAUACAUGGAGCAUUUGCAAUUGAUGGUCUCUAAUCAUUGAUCUUUGGUUGUUAUGUGAACUGAUGCGGGCAUGAUAAGGUGUCAAUUUGUUUUUGUUUUUAUUUGUUUAAGGUCAAAAUGUGAAAAUAACAAAAUGUGCUUUGUGAAGCAUGAAAGAAGUCACUUAUUCACUCAUCACAUCCAAAACAUGAAACUGCACGACAUCAAUACAUUCACAUUAUAUGCAUUGGCACUGUCAUAAAUGAUAGGCCUCAUUCGUUGUUUUAUUUGGCUUUACUGAAGUGCGCUUUAACUUUAUUGAUGAUGUCAUUAGUUUGUAUGAAGUAGGGUAAGAACUUUUUUUAGGUGCUCUAGAUUAGACUUGAGCUACUCUACAAAUGGGAAACUAUAUGAGAGUUCUAUCCACUUCAGUUCCAAAGAGCUGAAUGCUUUAGUACAUUUGGAGCUAAGCCUGUAGUUGUAUUUCCUAAAGUUUUAUUAUGCACAUGUUAAAAAAAAAAAUGUCAUCACAUUUUUCGCUCAUCCCCCUCCAAAAAGAACUAUUUUAAAUUCACAGGGCACAGCAAAUUUGUCAAAUAGUUUGUCAUUUUUGUAAAUGUUGUAUUUACAUGUACAUAUUAUAUUGUGUUUCAUACUUCUUUUGCAUUAUUUAGAUGUAAAUAUUAGGCUCUUGUUGAGUCCACUGAGGGUCUGACUCACUAAGCAAUCUGUAUUUUUGUUGUACAUAUUUUUUUACAAACACCUAAAUCUAAUGCAAACCUGCAACAGUCUUCACAAACAGAAUGCAUGACUGAAAAAUGUGCAACGUUGCAUCUGGUGGAAAGACUUGGUGACUCAGGCCCCAUUUACAUGUAGUUGUAUUGCUGCAUAAUCUUCUGAACUGUGAUGUUCUUUGUCUCCAGAACCACCUUAAAUGCCUUAUACGACAAGCAUCUCGCAGGCUUAAAGUUAAGGUAUUUUUUGUUCUGUGUCGUUUGUUCAUGUACAUGUACAUAUGUGUACAAGUACUUUGUUUGACUCUAGACAGUUCCACUGUGAUCCCCUGUUCGCCACUGAGUUUCUAGUCUCAAGCCAGCUAGAUAUAAUGUACACAUUGCUUUUUGCCAUGAAUGUUUUCACAGUAGCUCUUAUCUAGUGAGAAGCUUCAUUUUGAGACUCAUUCAUUACCAAUAAGAGUUGAGCAAUGAGUCGAGUGAUCUAAUGAUGAUAUCUCUAUGGCGUUAUAGAUGUCAUGUGUUCUCAUGGUGACUAAAGUGACAUGAUGACAAAAGAAGAAAGGAUUUAAAGAAAUUUAAAUUUAUAAAUGCAUUUCAAACUUUUGUUUCUAGGGACGGUGAAUGUUUUACAUCAAAGCUGUCUACCAUUGGUUGUUGCUAUUUUACAAAGACUGGAAUUAAAGAAAAUGUUGCAACUCUCAAUUAUGAAACUCAAGGUGAAGCCAACUCCUCAAACAAGCAAAUUGAACCGAGAAUGUUUUGUAAAGGCUGACCUAUACAGCUUUUACAACCCCAAACACAAAGCAAGACUGUGUUUCUGAUUUUGAAAAAUAUAAUUUAAAAAGCAGUUUAACCUAAAUUCUUAACUGGCAAAAACAUUUGGGAGAUUUUCUGGUACGUUGAGUGGAUACUUUGAAUAAUCAACUUGGACCAAAGAGAUAUGGCAAAGCAAAAAGGAAGAUACUAUUAAUAUUCAAAAUAUCACUUUUCAGUCAGAUGAAUUAGUGAAGGUAAAAAGAAAUGUAUGACUUGAUCUGGAUAAACUAUAUAAGAUAAAUGACUUGAGUUGGAUUUUUUUUCCAGUUUCAAUAUGCUUGUGCAUACAUCCACUCAGCUGCAGACUGUGGUAACACUGGGCUCUGCUUGAAUUGCCAGUGAAGUGUCACUCCCCUAAUACAACUUUGCAUAAAGAACAAACUGACAUUCCUAUUCAAGCAAGCUUUUUUGGUUGCCUUUACAGUACAUCUCUGUGGGGUGUAGGGGGGGGGUUUCAAAAGUUGAGAGUUGGCCUGUAAGUGAAGCAGCUUUUGUUCUGUUCUUUCUGUAUGUCAUUUGGUCGCUGCAUGUCAUGUUUUGUGAAUGUAUUUUUUUUUACAGUUUCUCAGUUUGCUAAAUGUAUGUUUAGUUAUUUUUUUGAUGUUUGUGUGUUUGCAAAUAAAUGUAGAAAAAUGCUUUGUGAA